UCUUUUUUCCUCUUUCGUGUUUUCGUUAGACAUUAUUCGCUAUGGCCGAUCAGGAAGUGGAUCUGGACUCGAUCAUCGACCGGCUCUUGGAGGUGAGGGGUAGCCGCCCUGGAAAGCAGGUUCAGCUGCUCGAGUCAGAGAUCCGUUUCCUCUGCACCAAGGCUCGUGAGAUCUUCAUCUCUCAGCCCAUUCUUCUCGAACUGGAAGCGCCCAUCAAGGCUAACUACCUCUUCCUCGGUGACUACGUCGACCGUGGCAAGCAGUCUCUCGAGACCAUCUGCCUCCUCCUUGCAUACAAGAUCAAGUACCCCGAGAACUUCUUCAUUCUGCGUGGAAACCACGAGUGUGCCUCGAUCAACCGUAUCUACGGUUUCUACGAUGAGUGCAAGCGCCGAUACAACAUCAAGCUCUGGAAGACUUUCACCGACUGCUUCAACUGUCUCCCCAUUGCCGCCAUCAUUGAUGAGAAGAUCUUCACCAUGCACGGUGGCCUGAGCCCUGAUCUCAACUCGAUGGAGCAAAUCCGCCGUGUCAUGCGCCCCACGGAUAUUCCCGACUGCGGUCUCCUGUGCGAUCUCCUGUGGUCCGACCCCGAUAAGGAUAUCACCGGCUGGAGCGAAAACGACCGAGGUGUUUCAUUCACAUUCGGCCCCGAUGUGGUCUCGCGCUUCCUUCAAAAACACGAUAUGGAUCUGAUCUGCCGUGCACACCAAGUUGUUGAGGAUGGAUACGAAUUCUUCUCCAAGCGCCAGUUGGUUACACUAUUCAGUGCGCCUAACUACUGUGGUGAAUUCGAUAAUGCCGGUGCAAUGAUGAGCGUGGACGAGAGUCUGCUCUGCUCCUUCCAGAUCUUGAAACCAGCCGAGAAAAAGCAAAAGUACGUUUACGGUGGCAUGAGCGCCGGCGGUCCCGUCACUCCUCCGCGAAAGCAAAAGAAGAAAUAAAAGAAUCAAUACGAGCUUCCCCAUGUGCAGCAGGUUCGGGCGGAGAUAAGCCUUUCACAAAAUCUCUUUAACAGCGCCCUCAUGACACCCUCCCUACAACCCCCCGCGAGUCCCUCCCCCGGAUCCACGAAAACGAUGAACGACCGAGGAACCCCUCAUCCGCACCCAGGGAAGUCCGAUAUUCCUCUUCAACUCCACCGAUAAUAUCACAGUCACAUUCUUCAACUCCUCCCAGACCCCCGGGCUCUCUCUCCCAGUGCGACAUGCGAUAAAAACACAACAGUCACAUCAUUUCCUGGCCCGUGCGACCUUCUGUACUUCCGGAGCGGAGUUCAAAUGCUUAUUUCUUCGUUGGUUCUCGACUUCUCUCUCUGUUUCUAACCAUCUGGACUGGAAAGUUUUUAUUUUUUUCCCUUUCGGCACCCUGGGAACGGAGAAGGGAAACUGGUUAUCUUUUUUCUCUUUUCUUCUUCUUUUUCCUUAACUUCUUAUUGUCCUGCUCCUUGACCGCAUGUGUUGUUGUUUUCUUAUCGAAUCAUAUUCGUCUUUCGAAUUUCCUAGUCCGACACGUACGAGGUGGUAGUAGGUACCUCUCUCUGCUGAUGCAUCGUAUACCGGAUUGGGAAUGGGCGGCUCUGUUACUGGUGGUGUUUCUGUGAAUCUAGCUCGGCCUUGGAAUGGGGUUUUUUUCGGAGGUCUAGAUUGUUUGUUAUAUGGGCUGUGAGAAUCACAUUUGAGUUUAUGCUUAUGUAGGCCAA